UUCGGACCCCGGCCCGGGCGUAUCGUCACGGUUUUUGUGGGCAUUUCACCAGAUCACCGCCGGGCCGUUUUUAUUAAUUAAUAAAUAAUUAAUUAUCACAAGGUUUUUUUAAAAAUAAUUAUUCAAAGAUCGGGGAGUCGGCCGCAGCGAUGAACCGCCGUGGAUCGGACGGCGAGGAGUACCAGUGACGAUCUACGCCUCCGAUUCUUCUCAAACAACUUGGAUUUUGAAUAAUUGUCUUUUCCCUAACGAGAGAAAGAGCAAAACGCAAAGAUGGUUGUCCCAGAGGCGUCAAUCAACAACAUAAUGAGCGGGCUGGAGAGCACCGGUGGCGUCACUCUCCACAACCACCAACGCAAGCUAAAGCAAAGGUUUGAAACAAUUGCCAAGUUGGGUCAGGGGACGUACGGCAAAGUGCAACUGGGUGUCAACAAAGAGACAGGACAAGAGGUCGCAAUUAAAACGAUAAAAAAGUGUAAAAUAGAAACAGACGCUGAUCUAAUAAGGAUAAGGAGGGAGAUACAGAUUAUGUCCUCGUUGAGGCAUCCAUAUAUAAUACACAUUUACGAAGUUUUUGAGAACAGAGAUAAAAUCGUCUUAGUAAUGGAAUAUGCUGCGGGCGGUGAGCUGUACGACUAUCUGAGCAAGAAGAAAGUCCUCGACGAGGCUGAGGCGAGGAGAAUAUUCAGGCAGAUUGCCAUGGCAGUUUACUACUGUCAUAAACAUCAGAUAUGCCACAGGGAUUUAAAACUGGAGAACAUCCUGCUCGACAACGACGGGAAUGCGAAGAUUGCGGAUUUUGGCCUGUCAAAUGUGUUCGACAGCAGCCGCCUCCUCAACACGUUCUGCGGGAGCCCUUUGUACGCCUCGCCCGAGAUUGUGAAGGGGAUACCGUACCACGGGCCAGAAGUCGACUGCUGGUCCCUUGGAGUACUGCUGUACACGCUCGUCUACGGCGCCAUGCCGUUUGACGGAUCGAAUUUCAAGAGGCUAGUCUGGCAGAUAUCAGCCGGUGAAUACUACGAACCGAAAAUUCGUGCAUCCGCUUCGGAGCUGAUAGGUGGGCUGUUGACUGUGAGUGGCACCGAAAGGCUGGACAUAACUGGAGUCUGCAAGCACGCCUGGAUGGCCGAGGAGGGUAAGGUGUCGUGCUACCGACUGGCUGAGGAGCUCGCUGAAGAGACACCAAACCGUCUCGACCUUCUUCUCGCCCUCGCGCCGCAGGAUACCCAACCACCAAGCGUACCUGAAGAAGUCACCGCGUUACCAGAGAGGCCAGUGAGGUCGCAAUCGUUGAGCAGUUUGUCAUCUGUACAACCGAGUUUCAUACCGGCACCAGUCACUGUCAAAGAAGAGACAGAUAAGGCCAAAGGAGAGGAGAAACCAAAGGAAAAGGAGAGAAAGAGGGAAAGGUCAUCUUCAAGGUCUAGGAAGAAAGAGAGCGAUGCAGAAAAGCCUAAAAAGAAAUCGGCGAAGAGCAAAAAGAAGUCGGACACCGAUCUGCCACCACAGGAAGAAGUCGAGGCUCUUCUGAAAAACAUGACACAGAUCUCGGACGCCGUAGUUGACGCAAAAGCGCCGGCAGAAGACGUGUCGUACGAAUUGCCAAAGGAGGAGGUGAAAGUCGAGCCAGUAGAGAAACAGGAGCCGAAGGAAAAAGAGGUCAAGAAAGUGAAAAAACCAAAGGAGAAGGAAGAUAAAUCGGACAAGGCGCCCAAGGCUAAAGAAGAGCCGAAAUUAGAACCCGAGGCGCCGAAGCCCGUAUCCGACACCACCCAGAACACGGUGCAGAAGAAACCCGACUCCGAACCCGCCAAGGCAGAAAGGCAAGACGUACGCAGAAAGUCGAAGGUGCUCGAAGCGGCCGAGCUUUUCAACAAGCAGGACAAGCAAGCGCAGAAAAAACCGUUCGUACCCGUCGUCAAGGUGGAGGUAAAGCCUGUAGUGAAGAAACCAUCCGUUCAGGAUGCAGAAGUGAAGACAGUGACAAGGCAGCCGUCAGUUCAGGAAGUUGAGACGAAGGAAUUAAACCUAGCCUCAACCAUCAAUGUAAACAAACUCGUGAUGAACGAGCUGAGCAAGGACGAUAAAAACUUAGAAGAGAAACUCAAAAAGGAGAACGCCGUAAAGGUCAUCAGUCAUGCGAUUUCCGAAAGUGAACUUAAUGAAAAGAAGGCAUCUACGCUGCCGAGGAGGAAGCUGUCAAGACCAACACCACCGAAAAUGGAGCCAGAACAUAUGAUAGCAAAUACCUCUUCGUCGCAUGUAGUUUAUCCAACACCGCCGAUACCACCGCCAAGGCCGUCCCUUGUGAAACAAGACUCGGCACCGAGGGAGCACAUAAUACCGAUACAAAUUGAGAGUAGGGAUGAACCGGAAAGGCCAUCGCUUGUGAGGGCGAGUACGGGAACGAUCGGACGGCAAGACUCGAACUCGAGGGCGAGCACGGCGACAAUUGGACGUCAGGACUCAGACUCGAGGGCUAGCAUGUCAUCAAUUGGACGUCAGGACUCAGACUCUAGCACGACGACGUGCGAACCUAUCAGAAAGAGCCCGAGGGAAGUCAUAAUACCGAUCGCCGUCGAAGGCGGUGGCUACGUCACACCAAGCGUGUCCACGCUAUCAAAAAUGAGUUCUGUGACGGAAAACGACGAGGACAUGCCGAUCAGAGGUUUCAGCCUGCAUAACACGAGGAAACACCAUCUACAGACAGCGGACAGCCUUUCGUCGGAUGAGGACGACGACAAUUUUGAGAUGCUCACAACUGAAAACCUCUUUUCAACCUUACUUUCGAGGAUGCGUCAUUUGACACACCGGUUAGAUGAAGGCCGGCCAACUUUCCCGAAGCUGUUCAACACCUCCUUAUUCGACUCGCCAAGCAGGAGGCUGGUCGAAACCAAGUCGUUCACACAGAACGACCCGACACCUUGGAGGAGGACCCUCUCGUCAGGAUCGUCAUCAACACUGCCAAGGGGGUUUACGACCAAGUCACUGAGGAGGCUGUUGUCUCGCGAGGAGGACAAAGCCGAGGUUAAACCGGAGAAGACUGAACUGCCCCCGAUGGGGAGGAGGAGGGCGACGAGGACGGUGAGCGACACGGUGCAGAAUGGCCUCGCCGAACAACGCACCAAAGAGGACGAAUCGCGAGGGCUUAUAGAACAGCUCGAAAGGGGCCGACUUUCGAGCCUCGAAAGGGUGAAGAAGUACCUUGAGGAUCUUCACCAUGAGGAGGACGCUAGGGCGAGGAGCCUGCGCCGGCUACGGUCCCAGGCAUCAGAGUUCGACAGGUACAUGAGCUUCAAGGAAGACCUCGAGAGGGAGAGGCGGGUGCCUAGACGAACGGGAUCAACGUCCUACGACAGGGUCAAAGAGCUCAAAGAGUUCAGGCGAAGUGUAUCUCAAUGCGACGACGCGCCAAAGCCUCCCGAGGAGAGGAAUGGUUCCGUCCUCGACCGUUACCUCAAUUUGAAAAAAAAGCAAAAGUUGUUGAACAGGGAUGGUGAUUCAAGGGUUGACAGGGCGAUCGAAUCGUUGAGGAGGAACAGCAUCGGUGUCGAAAACGAGUUUAGCGAGUCAAAACUUCUCAAAAGGGCCGUGUCAUUGGAAGAGAUAAAUAAAGCGCCAAAAAACAGGAGCAGGCGGGCGUCUUCGCUCAAGCCGGAUGAGACGGACAACGCGUUUAAGAAAAAAGAUUCGAUCAAGAUGAAAAAAGGCGGUGUAUUCGAUACAAUAAAGAAAGAGGGGAAGAAGAAAAAGAAACAAGAAGACAAGACUGAUCUGGACGACAGGUCUUCCAGGAUUUCAUCGCUCAAGAGGCUCGAUCUCGAAACGCCUGCGUCCACAACGGCCGACAGCACUCCGACCGGCGAUUAUGACGAGUCGAUGAGCUUCGUCUCGCAGACAGACAAUUCAGACACGUGGUCGGGGUCAGACCUGACCGAAAGGUACUUCGACAUAACUAGCGCCUCGCCCGAGGAGUGCGUCAGCGAAAGAAUUCGCCGUAAAAGCUUCUACCACAGGUUCAACAUGCCGAAGAGGAACGCAUAUCACCGUUCGGCGAGCAACAUGGAAAGGAAAAGAUACUUCUGAAAUAAAAUAAGAAAUUUUUAUUUAGUAAGUAGGAAAAAAAUGCAUUUUUUUCUUCUCUCUUUUUAUUAAAUGUGUCAAGUCCUCCCCCCCUUCCAAGAAGUGAAACACAAUUUUAAGGCUUUUUGCAGGAUCAUCA